AUGGUCGUCGACGUCGGUUCAGAGGCCUCUCACAACGCUACAUUCAAGACCACCGGUCUCUCUUUCAUUGCUCUGCCCAGCAAGGAGGAGGUGCAGGCAUGCUGGGAGCUCUGCCGGCUACACAACAACAUCGGCUUUUGGGUGGUCUAUAUUCCAACUGCGUGGUCGAUAGCCAUGGCCUAUCAUGCACAAGAACAUCUUUCGAUAGUUGACGCACUUGUGAGAGCUGCCAUCUACGUACCGCUUUGCUUCGGCGUGAAAUCCCUUAUCAUGACUAUUGACGACAUCCUGGACUACGAUAUUGAUGGAAUGGUGGAGCGAACGAAAGGCCGACCACUUCCUCGCGGUUCGAUCUCGCUUCAACGUGCAUGGCUCUUCUUUGCCAUCCAGACAGUCAUCGGCAUUCGUUCGGCCUUCUACUUCCUGAGUACAACUUCCCUACACGUUUCAAUGUUCGCAUGGCCCCUGUAUAUUAUCUAUCCGACGUGUAAACGCUGGAUGGGACUGGCGCCUAUCCCCUUGGGUCUAAUGUUUAACGUCGGGAUAUUCAUGGGUUGGGGCGACCUGAGCAUCAACGGCUCGUUACCUUGGCACAUCCUGGUUCCGAUAUAUAUCGGUACCUGCAUGUGGACCUUCACAUACGAAACUGUGUAUCAGCAUCAAGACAAGAUUGAUGAUGUCAAGAUUGGUAUCAAUUCACCGGCUCUCUUCUGCGGGACUUACACCAUCCCCAUAUGCACUGCUACCGCCAUCGGAUUCUUUGGGCUCCUCUCCUACGGCGCCUUCUUAAACGGUCAAGGCGCACCGGUCUAUAUCGCCAUUGCCAUCACUUCGUACCUCCUAUUAAAUCGACUCCUCCAAACAGACAUUGACCGCCCUGAGGACUGUAAAAGUCUGUUCUUGGGAACUGUUGCUAUCGGUCAAAUAGUCCUCGGCGGAUUCAUCAUCGACGCCAUUUCGCACAGACUGUUACACGGGAUCCCGUUAUAA